AUGGCACCGUUAUAUCCCCAGCUGAUGAAUGCAUUUGGGAGGAAUUAUCGGGACCUCCUUCAAGAUUUUCAUGAGCAGAGUUGUCCAAGAAAGAUCUCUUUGGACCCCUUGAUUUCAUGGUUUCACACCUUUGCCAAUAAGGAAAUUGGAGUGCACAUGCUUCGAAGCAGAUAUGAGUUCAGCCUUGCCACUUUGCAGAGUGAGAUUGUUAUAAGCUGGAUCGACAUGGUCAAAAGAGCUCCAUUCCACAAGACACAAUUUGACACCGUAUGGAGUGAGGUCUCUGAUUUCGGGAUCAAAGAUCGUGACGGCAGAGCUAUCGUCAAAAAAAACAAGAAAUCGGGAUGGUCUGGCGAUCAGAGGUCAAGCCAGGAAGAGUAG